AUGGCCUUGAAGGAGCAGCAACCUUCUCAGUCGUUGGUUGGCGUGAAGAGAAUGGGAGAGCUUGAUCAGAAGCCAUUCCUGGAUGUUGCCAAGAGAAAAUAUCCAGAUAAAAUAGCGGAUGACAAAGCUUUGGAGUUGUGCUCAUUAUGGGAGAGUUACCUUCGGGAUCCUCACUGGCAUCCUUUUAAAGUUGUUGCGGUUGAAGGUGGUGAAGAUCAUAAGGAAAUCAUUGAUGAAGAGGACACAAGACUCAAAUUUCUGAAGAAUGAUCUUGGUAAUAAAGCUUACAUGGCUAUGGCUGCUGCCUUGCUGGAGGUGAAUAAGUACAACCCCAGCAGUAGGUAUGCUGUAUCGGAGCUCUGGAAUUAUAACGAAGGGAGAGAAGCUACUCUGAAGGAGGGAGUAUCGUAUGUGCUCAAACAGAGGGGUGCUCAAAAGGAAGAGAAACUAUAG